UUUUAGAUUUCGCCGGAAUAACAUGUAUGACUAUGAGCAUUACGGUCACCAAUUAUCGAAAGUGCUGCACUCUAGUAAUGAUUAUUCGUAUCAUUUCCGCACACAUUGAUUUGCAGAGCUCGUAUGCGGAUAUUUGGAGAACUAGUCAUGAACAUGGAGGAUUGUAAUCGUAAGGUGACAUCGGUUCAAUGAUUAAGUGACGGAUUGUAGGGUUAUAUUAUAAUGAUUUUUUCAUGUUAUAUUGUAUAAACUUAGAAAGAAUGACUGUAGUUUUUUUAUUAGGUGACAUGACGUAGCAUUCAUUCUAGUAUCGGCAACUACAAAACCUGACAAUUUAGUUCUAGGUAUCCCGUGAAGUUUAUUAAUGUACAGCAUCCACCAAGCUAUUCUGAAUGGACGUGAAAGCAAGUUUUAUGACGUAUCUCGACCAGCUGAAGAGGAGUCAGUCAGAUCCAUCAUUAGGGAAAAGCAACCCUUCCAAAGCCAUGUCAUGUGAAGGAUGCUCUCAGAAAUUCACAGUUUUCAAGCGAAAGAAGCUGUGCAACAUCUGCCUGCGGUACUUCUGCACGCACUGUCUGACUCCGCAGCUGGGGCCCAACGGCAACAACUCGGUGCUGGCGCGCCUGACGGACCGCCGCCACAUCUGCGCCACGUGCAUGGUGCUGACGGCGCGGCCGCUGUGCCGCCUGCAGCUGAAGCGCCUCAAAGUGAAGGACCUGCAGCACUACCUGACCGCGCAGCGCGUGUCCACUCGGGGCUGCGUCGAGAAAGAUGACCUAGUGAACUUGCUGAUAAGACAUGUUGGAUCCACAAACAGUGGUUCACAUCAAGAAAACAUAUGCAAUAGCCAUACAGACUUGUCAAUGGGCAGUGAGAGCAAUACAUCAAAUCCCCUCCGUGACCGUCCACCAGUUCCACCGCAGUUUAAUAGAACAAAUGCCAAUAGCACAAGCAAUUCUGCCCAAAACUCUUCAUUACACAGACCUCCACCUCCAUCUUUUGCUGCUGGUGUUAGAGCAACAGUCACCACAUCUUCCACAACUGCAACUACAAGUAGUAGUAGCAGCAGUUCGGGUGCCAGAGUUGCAAGCAGUAGGUCUGCCACUACUCCAGCUAACUCAGAUGAAGAAUUUGAGAUAGUUGAAUUGACAGAGGAUUGGUCUGGUGAAAUGGAUGAAACAGGACCAGAACCUGUUGUAGAAGAAAUAUCUGACAGUGCAGGAGGCACACUCAGUUCGCCCACUUCUGUUGGAGGUGAACAAAACACCUUAAGCAGUUCAACUACCUCACUGGGCGAACCCAAUGUUUCGUCAUCUAGUACUUCUUCACCUUCCCAUGAUCACUCUCCUUCUCAUCAUUCUGAUAGUGGUCCUCCUACUGUCCCUCCGACAUCUUCUCCACAUUCUCAGCCUCCUCCUACUCCACGGUUUUCACCUCCUUCCUCUCCUCUUCACCCUCUUUCUCCACACCCAGUGGUCACAGAAGUAUCAGCCGAAGAAGAAGGAGAAGCAGACCUACCAAUGGACACCUUGGAAACAGCUUCAACGGUAAUGCCAGAGCCAGCAGCUACUAGCACAGAACUUCAUUCAGUCAGGCCUCCUAUCAUCACCUUGAAUACCAUCAAGACUUUGGAAGAACUUCAAAGUAUGCCUGUAAAGCAGAUAAAAGAUCUACUCAUGCGCAACCGUGUAGAUUUUCGAGGAUGCUGUGAACGUACUGAACUGGUAGAAAGGGUAACUCGUCUAUGGAUUGAAAAUAGAGAACAAAAGAAAGCACUUGAAAGACUGGGAUCUUCGGAGAUGUGCAAGAUUUGUAUGGAUGCGCCUAUUGAAUGUGCAAUGCUGGAAUGUGGACACAUGGCAACCUGUAUGUCUUGUGGAAAACAACUUAAUGAAUGCCCACUUUGCCGCCAAUAUGUUGUACGAGUUCUUCGCAUUUUCCGCGCCUAACUUGCCUCUAUGACAGCUGUUAUAUUGCAAAAGAAUUACAUUAAUGUCCAAUACUGAAAGGAAUGUGUGGAGUAAUUGACAAUAUAUUACUAAUAAAAAGUUCUCUCAUAUACCUUUCCGUUUGUUAUGAAGAUAAGGUGAACAGAUAGCCAUGCUUGUGUUAGUUUGUUGAAGUUUAGAACAGAAAUUACUGGCUAGCUCAUGAUUCUUUAAUCCUGUUAGAUAUUUUGAAAGAGGAAUACAGUUUUUUAUAAAAAAAUACACUCAACUAGAAUGGCAUGUAAAAUUUGCUGAAUGAAUAUAAUAUAUUUGUAGAAAGCUAGCCAAUAGUUCUGAUUCCCAAUUGAGCACACACAUCUGUGAAUAUUAUCACCCUGCAGAGAAUGUAUACGAAAAAUUUCCAUCUGUAUAAGAAACAUCAAAUUAUUAUCUGAAUGAGAAACAUGUUAGGAGAAAUGGGUACAGAUAGCAAACGUAGUAUCUGGUCACCUUGUCUCGUAUUCAGGUAUGCAGCUUGACAGAAUAUGUAUAGCUGUCAUCUAUUGGCUGGAAAAGAAAGGAAUGGAAAGAUAAAAUGAUUGUGGGAUCAUACCCUUCUUCCUAUGCAGUACCUUGCGUUUCCAAAAGGAGAGUUUCAUUGGUUGUAUUCUCAGAAUGAACAUAAUGUUGGAUAGAUUAAAGUACAUAUUUUUGUAAUUUAUAUUUGUCACUUUGCAAAUUACUUGUAUUGAUGACUAUUCGAUCCCAGAAAAGUGAAAGAUUAUGAUGGCCUUCAGUGCAAAAAAUAGAAACAAUCACUUAUGUUUUAACUAUAUUAGUACUUCCAGGAAUGAAUCUGGUAUCUUGCAAAUAACAUGUGCAAGACUCAGAUAUAUGAAGGCCUGUUCAGUGUAUUUUGCAUCUGUUGGAAUUAAUUGUGUGCAAAAUAUGCAACUUCCAUGUUUUCAAAUAAUUAGUUUAAUCUUCUGUGAAAAUCAACAGUUAAUGAGCUCUUUUGAAACCGAUUCUCAUGUACAAUGUUUCUUUAAAUUGAUAAUGUCAGGGGCAGGUUCCAGUGGUGCAGGGCGGGGUCGAGGAACUGCUUCACUGACUGACAAUAAGACUGAGAACAAAGACACUAAGCCAAAUCCAAAAAUGUCCAAGGCACUCAGUACUUCAGCUAAAAGGAUUCAGAAGGAACUGGCAGAGAUUACAUUGGAUCCUCCUCCAAAUUGCAGUGCUGGGCCCAAAGGCGAUAACCUGUAUGAGUGGGUAUCUACUAUCCUGGGGCCACCUGGCUCUGUUUAUGAGGGAGGUGUAUUCUUCUUGGAUAUACAUUUCUCUCCAGAAUAUCCAUUCAAACCACCAAAGGUUACGUUCCGAACUCGAAUCUACCAUUGCAACAUUAACAGUCAAGGUGUGAUUUGCUUGGAUAUUCUCAAGGACAACUGGUCUCCUGCUUUAACCAUAUCUAAAGUCUUGUUGUCAAUUUGUUCUCUUCUCACUGAUUGUAAUCCAGCGGAUCCAUUGGUGGGAAGUAUAGCAACCCAGUACCUUCAAAACCGUGAAGAACAUGACCGCAUUGCACGACUGUGGACCAAACGGUAUGCAACGUGAUGUGCUCCUGCCAAAAAAUUGGCAACCAGAGGAGGAGAAUGUGGGGAAUGUAUACCAGACUGCUGUGUGUGACUGAACCAUGAACCAGCAUUUCUCUCUCCAAUGGUUCACUUCCACAGUUCCAAGUGUUGAAGAGAUUUUCUUUGUGUAUGUUGUGAGUGUGGGUGUCUGUAGGUUCAUUCAACCAGAGUGCAUGCUAAGAAUGAAAGGUUUGGAAUGUAGUUAUUUUAUUUUUUCAAUAUGUUCUUAAUGGUGCAAGAAUAGGCUACCACUUUUGUAUGAAUCUUAUAUUGCUUUGGAAUAGAAAACUUUCUAUAGUGGAGAGAAAACUUUCCAGCCCAUAAGGGCAAAUGUAUACAUAUGUUUCAUUUCAUUUGUAGUAUUUCGAUGUUCAUAUCUGUAACAGAAUUGCAGUUUUCUUCUCGAGGCCAUUGUAAUCAUGGCUCAGUGUGUACAUGUCAUCUUCAUAUUCAUAAAAAAAGAGAGGUAUGAUAGAAGCUUGUUGUAUACGUAGUGUGUAGGGCAGAGAGUAAUUCAGUGAGAAUAAUAAAAUCAUUUAAGCAUCGAUAAGAAUUAAUUUUUAUCGAUUAUACUGCUAUUAUUAGAGUAUUUAUAAUUUAACAGUAUGUUACAAAAAGUAAUUUAUUGAAUGUAGACUCAGUUUAAGAAAUUUCAACCAUAUUACCUCCCAGCCUUUAACAUAGUUCAGCUACAAGGAACUUAUUGAUGUUCAUUGAAUUAAAGUUGUGGUAUUGCAGCUUUAACCCAAAUGAAAAUGGGUGAAAGAGAGGCCUAUGAUAUAUGGUUUUGCAUAUUUUAAUUUAACUUAACGUGGCUAUUUUGCAUUUAUAAAAAUUUAAGUCUUAGUUGUGCAAUGUGCUGGAUAUAAAAUCUCAAAUUCAUGUAGAAUUUCUUAAUGUUUCUAAAAACAUUUGUAGGCCUAAUAUGGAUUUUAUACAUACUGUUUGUUUGUUUUUUAUUUUUUGUUUUUCUUUUUUAUGACAUGCUUUAAAAUAGACUCUCGAAUAUGAGAAGGUAUUGAUCCCUGUUUAUCUACCUUGUAAUUCCAAAAAUGUGCCCAGACAAGACGAUAAUGAAAGGGUUGUUACCCUUGUUAAUGUUGUGUUAGGAUGUAACAAAUUACAAUAAAUGUUGUGUAAACAAAUAGAACUUGAAAUUUUAUUUAUCACAUAAAAUAACUUUCAGCAACAAACGUUGCUGAAGGUUCCUCUUUUAGGAAUAAGAAAAAGCUCUACUCAAACUAUUGUUUUAAUACCAAUGCAUACACAAGUCUUUAUACCUUACUGUUGACACUAAAGAUUCUAAAUGUUGUAAUGUGCUCCUCUGGGAAGAAAGAUUGGGAGGGGGGGACAGAACUUGUUGCUUUG